AUGUCUCGUUUCACUCCUUUACGUUCCUUCCCUCGCUUGGCUGCUCGUCAGACCACCCUCAAUGUCAUUCGACCAUCUCUCGCUUCACCUCCUAUCGCCAACGCAGGUCUAGGUCAAAAGAGGGGAUACAAAAGGUCCCCUCAACCUAUGAGAGAUGUGAUGACUGGUGAAAUCAUCCAAACUCCGGAUCUUGAUGCAUCUUUAUUGAAAGUGACUAAAACCACAUCACCAAAAACACCAUUACCCCCAUCCAAACUUGUUUUCGGUAAAACAUUCACCGAUCACAUGUUAACUAUCAAUUGGAGUUCUGGUAAUGGAUGGGGCAAUCCUGAGAUCAAACCUUACGGUAAAUUAGAAUUGGAUCCUUCAUCCACUGUAUUCCACUAUGCCUUCACAUUAUUCGAGGGUAUGAAAGCUUAUAGACAAGAGGAUGGUACUGUAAGAUUAUUUAGACCAGAUAUGAACAUGGCCCGAAUGAACAGGAGUGCCGCCAGAAUUGCUCUUCCUAAUUUUGACGGAGAAGCUCUUACUGAACUCAUCAAAAAACUCGUCGUGCUUGACUCUGAAUGGAUCCCUAAAGAAAAAGGAUAUUCACUCUACAUCCGUCCAACUUUGAUUGGUACUCAAAAUGCAUUGGGUGUCGGACCAAGUUCAGAUGCUAUGUUAUUCGUCAUCUGUUCACCUGUCGGACCAUACUACGCUUCUGGCUUCAAGCCAGUUCAACUUCUCGCUACUACCAAAUUCGUUCGUGCUGCUCCUGGUGGAACAGGCGGUUACAAACUUGGUGCCAACUAUGCUCCAGGUGUCGUUCCUCAAGCUGAAGCUGCAAAAGAAGGUUAUAGUCAGAAUUUAUGGUUGUUAGGUGACGAACACGCUUUGACUGAAGUUGGAACCAUGAACUUAUUUGUAGCUUUCAAGAAGCCCGAUGGCAGCGUCGAACUCGUUACUCCCCCAUUAGACGAUGUAGUCUUACCUGGUGUUACUCGUGAUUCCGCACUUCAACUUGCUCGAGCACAUUCGAAGGGAGAGACUAUUCCCGGACUACCUGAAAAACUCGUUGUAUCAGAAAGGAAAUUGGUAAUGGCAGAUUUAGUAGAAGCUGAAAAGAAUGGUACAUUAUUAGAAGUCUUCGGUACUGGUACAGCAGCAAUCGUUUCACCAGUUGAUAAAAUUGGUUAUCAAGAUAGAGAUAUCAUCAUCCCAACAGGUACAGAUGGUUUAGGUGAUAUCGCAAAAGGUCUAUUAGGUAGAAUCACUGCUAUUCAAACGGGUGAAAUCGAUCAUCCUUGGUCAGUCAUUGCCAAUCCCGUCAAAUCAACUUAA